GACAACAAAACCAGGAAGAGACGCACGCUGACCAAACCUCGGUCCAGGUGAUGUAAAGUUUAACGCUUUUAAAAUCUAACAGGAGAAGGGAAAGCUUGGAUCUUAUUUAAGCAAAACCAACGAUAUAGACCGAGCAGGACAAUCGUAGACGAAGGUAACGUAGUAGUACUACGGUAUGGCGUGAUGGCAUGUUGGACAGAGACGAAUGCUUCCAUAGCAAAUGAGCUCCAACAGUGUGUGUGGCUGCCCUCCCAACAAAUCCACAAUGCCGACAGAGUUGGCUAUGCCGCUUUAUCUGUCCAACGAAGAGUUCCUAAACCAGAGAACGUCUAAAUUCAGCAGGCCUCUGCGGCCAUGUCUACACCGGUGUCAAAGUUCAAAGCUCAUUUUUAGCUCCUACAGGGAGAAGUCAGAGCUGAAGGGAGUCAGCUCACCCUUGGCAGUGUCCGGCAAGACCAAGAAGCAGGUAUCGUUUGCCGAUCACCAGGGUCUCAAUCUUACAACCGUGAAGAUCUUCUCUGAGUUCGAUGACCCAGUAGACAUCCCGAGCAACAUUGAGCUGUUUUUUACCUCGUCGCUUACUCUUUCAGAAGAGAAGGACAAAUUAAUCCUCGACUUCGACCAGCCGUCUGCAGAUUACGUAAAGUUUCGCCAAAGGAUAGAAAAUGAUCACGUCUGCCUUGAGCACUGCAUGCUUAAGGAGAAAUCUAUAGCAGGUACGGUUAAAGUCAAAAACCUUUCCUUUGAGAAGUCUGUUAAACUUCGCCUUACGUUUGACACUUGGAAGAGCUACACUGAUGUUGAAUGCCAGUAUGUACAUGACACCUACACCGGCUUAAACCGUGACACCUUUUUGUUCGAAGCAAAUUUGCCUGAUCAGGUGCCUCCACGUGAAAGUAUUGAGUUUGCCAUCUGCUAUGAGGUCAAUGGACUCAUGCUCUGGGACAACAACCAAGGACAGAAUUACAGAAUCGUUCAGUCGGUGCUGAAAAAGAGUUCAAUUGAAUCUAGUGGUGGCCAUGAGCGAUAUGGUGUGAGUGAUUGGGACAUUCAUUUUGACCGGUAUGGCAGCCCUAGAUGUUCUCAUGGUAUCUUUCCCAAUUGGCCCAGUUACGCUGGCUAUGAAGACAUUGGUCCGUAUUACUGAGAGUUGGGGUGGUUAAUCUUGUCCAGCUAGCAAUGAAAUGCAACAUUUCUACUUUGUACUUUGUUUGAAUUUCUCUAAAGUCCAAUAAGUCAUUCAAGGCCACUGUCGAUAAUGAUGGAUUACGUUGUGUAAUGAAACUAGUUAUGUUUUAAAAAAAAUACCGUUCAUGGUGAAAUACAUAUAGGUAAUUAUGAAGCAAAUACAUUUGUUUUAUUGCUUAUAGGUUGCAACUUGGUUAAAUGCAGGGUUGUGCAUGUUCAAGUUGAUUUUGGGUUUGUAUAUAGUUUUAUGAAUUCUCUCAUGCUACUGCUGUCUGUGCACCUUAUAGAACAAUACAAUGUUAAUUGGUUUCUUAUUAUUGUGAUCUGCUGGCCAGUAUGUAUUCUAAACUGUUUAUCGUGCCCAUUUACUUUCAGGGAAAAGAAUAAGCUAUUUUUUCUAGUAGAAAGUCAAAUUGGCAGCAAUUAAUAUGUGCUAAAGGCAUCAAGAUAUUGUCCUAAGAAGGGAAUUUUUUCCCAUGAAUGUGAAACCAUGAAAAUAAACUUGACUUCAUUUAAUCUAGACAGAUAAAUGCUGUUAGAAUCUGAUACAUUUCAUGUGCGUUUUUCAUUGACUACCAGUUUUUAAUGCUAAGAAAGAAACUAAUGGGACUGGUUUUUAUAUUUGAGAUGGCCUGUUCUCACUGUAAUUGUCUACACAUCAGGAUUAUGUUAAUGUUGUUUCACAGUUAUGUUGAUUAUUAUGUGUGUUAUUGAAUUUGUUCUGGGUAAUGAAUGCACUUUAAUUUGUUGCAGUGUGUUUUUGUCACUUAUUUUAGAUGUUGAUACCUGAGAACAGAUUUGUCAGGACCACUUUAAGGACUUUGUAAAAACUGCAUAUUCAAUACAAAAUUUGGGCGCAUUGCAUUUUAAUGCAAUAUUUUAAAUGUUCUCCUAGUUGUGUUGCUGAGAACAGUUAAUAAAGGAUUU